AUGAGAAUCUUUUUCUCCCAUGAGAUCGAUAACAAUCCAGAACCAGAAUAUGCUGCCACAAUAAGAGUCACAGCCACGAUCUUAGGCGAAGAUGAUAUCCCGACGUUCACGACUCUAUCACUUGCCAAAGACUUCAAAGAUAAUGAGAACGACGAGUGUAAAAGCAAAGAAGACUUCAAUUACUUCUUGAUGGAAGCUGGAUUCAACGACGAUGUUGUCUAUGAUGCCCUUGUGGAGCUAAUUAUCUAUGUUGAUGAGCUAACUUGUCCCACAAGUAGUGAGUAUUCUCCUGGAUGUGCUUUGAAAGUUCAGCUGGAGAUUGUUCCGGAUUAUCUUGAUGAUGAGUGUAUGGCAAUGUUGUUUGUGACCAAUAAUGUUUGUCCAUUGUGUUUUGUCAAGUUACCAUGUGAAUGUGAAGAUCAGUGA